AUGGAUUCUUUGCCAACUUGCUACGGCAAGGGUAAGAUUCUGACUCUCCAAGUUUCAGCAGACCAGGAGCCAUUCAACGUUGUCAUCGAGGCUGCACACGGAAUCUGGUCGCACUCCGUGAACCUCCUCGUCAAGGUUCUCGAGAACGAUGCAAACAUCGAGGUUACUGACAAGCUUGUCUUCCUUAAGCUUUACGACCGCCGUUUCUCGCCGGCCUUCCGCGAGCGCUGGGAUGUCAAACCAUGGACUCCUGCGCUUGAGGAGGACCUUCAUGCAUUCUCCCAAAUCGGAGCUGCCCGUACCGUUCUCGACAUCUGGCGUGACAGUCCCCACACGGAGUAUGAUUUCUCUGCUCCCAGUUACCACAAGGAAGCCCUCCUCUCUGUGAUCAUGUCUGAGGAGUGGGAGAAAGAAAAUGACGCUUACAGAGUCCUGAAAGCUCACCAGGGAAAGUUCAUCCCCCGUAUGAUCUGCAGCGUCAUGAUGCAAAUUGGUCCCGUCAGCAUGGUUGGCACUGAGCCCAUCCCCCUUUUGGACGACCCUCUUAUUCUCGGCCAGUCCCCCGAGAUGUUCGAAAUCGAUGGCUUCCUCAUGGAAUACUACCCAGGUUUCCCAGCCACUAAGAUUGCCUGCCAAACCGACCCCGGCGACUGGAAGCAUCUCAAGAACCGUGUCAUCGCUACUGUUGGCCACGUCAUGGAGUCUGACACCAUCCUCCACGAAGACAUCCGACCCAAGAACGUGGUCAUCACCUACGAUAAGGAUUGCCUCCGCAACCAUCGUGUCAUCAUGACCGACUUCCGCUCCACCAUGAUGCGCGACACGGAGACCGACGAGGAGUGGGCGGAGAUGAAGAAGCGGUAUGACGAGAAGGGCAUGAUGGAGGCCAAGCUCGAGAAUCCGCCACGCCGCCGCCAGGAGGGCGAUGGCUAUCGCUCCUACACGGCCUCCGCCUGGUGGAACUUUGAUGACUACGACAUCAUGACCCAUGAUUAA